AUGCAUGGUGGAGCUCUGAAUGGUCAGUACUACUACCUGCUGAUGAUUGGAAUGUUGCCGGUGAGUUGCCUCCUGUACGUGGCUCUGGCGCGGCGAUUCAAAUGGGAGAGCCUGUGUGAGUCCCUCAAGCAGGCAGGCAUUACAAUCAGCUCCAUUGUGGUAAGUUCGGCCUUGACUUCAGUACUCGUUUCCCAGCAAGACGGAGACUCCGAAUUUCAUGAUGUACCUCUGUUGUUCUGGGGGGUGGGUUUAACCGCAACCAUCGCGGCCCAAUGCGACCGUAUACUGGCCGCAGAUGCAAAACUCAGGGGCAGACUUCUGCGCAACAAGUUUUCCGGAAGGCUCUUGGAUGCUGAAUGCUCAUCAGAGAUAGACAAGAGGAACAUUGAAACUGAGCUUCUGCAGAGCGGUAAAGGCCCCGAGGUGGAAGAAGCUGUGCAAGUCCUGAUCCGUAUGCACCUGCUCACACCAGAACUACAACGCGCCGCCAAACUAGUGGGCCAGCUGGGGGAUGUGUCAAACUACAGUCAGCUCUGGCUUGUUCUUGGGCUGUUGACUUGGUUCGUCCUUCCUACACUUUUCAAGGCAACUGAAUGGCUCCGGCAAGAUGUGACGAGCGUCGUCAUGCAGGUUCAGUUCUUCGUUUUUGCCCAGCUGUUUUGUUGCCUGCCUCAAGACCGGCGGUGUUUCGCUGCCGUCACACUGCGAUUCUGGAUGCUCGAAGUUUUCACAUUGCACUUCUACCCGGUAUAUUGCCUACUGGGAGCCAUAGUGAUUGGCCCUCCAACCGUGCGGUUUCUCAUCGGAGGGGGUCUCGGGCUGGGCUGUUGCAAGCGAGCAGACCAAGAGCCUCCAAGAGCUUUGGCAGAGCUGCCGGACAUUAAGGUGGAGUGGGCCACCGUCUCCGUUUGA